CGCGUGUACCUGCCGACCCGGAUGUAACAUUGCUAUUGAAUUAUUUUUUAUAAUAAUUGAUAAUUAGUGUUACAAGGUAUUACUAAUGUCAUCGCACUGGAUAACAAAAUAUGUUCAAUCGGAUAGAUGCGAGCAAAUCGACGAAAGGUGCGAGCAAACUACGAAGGGACCUGAUAAACGCGGAAAUAGCGAAUUUACGUGAUCUACUGCCACUGCCACCGUCAACACGACAGAGACUGUCGCAGCUACAGCUAAUGGCAUUAGUAUGUGUUUUUCUGCGUAAAGCUAAUUAUUUUCAGCAAGCCUUGAAGAAUAGUUCCUCGGAGUCGAAUAUACCGACGCCAAAUAUUGGAUUUUCAAAAGCCAUGUCUGGGUUCAUAAUGAUGAUGACACAGCAGGGUAAAUUACUGUACAUAUCAGAGAAUGCUGCCGAGUACCUGGGACACUCCAUGGAGGAUCUCUUGAUUCAUGGUGACAGUGUAUACGAUGUUAUUGACAAACAGGAUCACAUGGUUGUGCAGAAUCAGCUGGCGAGGAGUGGUCCGAUGUCCAGCAAUGAUCGUAGAUUAUUCCUGUGUAGAAUUAAUGUAUCUCGUAAUUCACGUAGACAAUUGCGAUUUGGUGACCAAAAGGUUGUGUUAGUCGAAGGUCAUUAUCUCCCCUUCGUCCCCUUAUGUAAUCGUAACGAAGCAGUAUUCCUGGCCUCCUGCACUCCCGUUGUCCUCCCCGAGACGCGCGAGAGUGUUGUACAAGGGGCAACAAACAUAUUCACGACAAUUCACUCGAUGGACAUGAAAUAUCUUCACAUCGAUAAAACGGCUGAGAGCCACUUGGAGUACAGUAGGUCUGAGCUCGUAGGUGUCUCGUGGUACAAUCUACUCCACUGGGACUGCAUUAGAACUGCUUACUGCAAGCAUCAAAGUGUAAUUCAAUCCGACCAAGAUCGGACGAGCACAGCCCUGCUGAGACUCCAGAGCAGUUCAGGACGUUGGUUCUGGAUCCACUGUGUCCUCCAGGUGAAGGAGACCUCGGAGGAGUGCCAGCACCCGAUAAUCGUCUGUACAAAUCAAGUAUUAAGUGACAAGGAAGCGGAGGUGAUGCGUUCGAGUACAUGGCUGUAUAACUACUCAUCCCAAUCGAAGUUCACCUACGGGAUUUGUCCAUCAACAGCGCCCCAACAGUCCCACGGUCUCCAGUACCCGGAGACAUAUCCCCGUCCUGUUUUAAUGCAGCCACUGAACACCUCAGAGUCAUCCCCGGGCUCGUACGACGCCGAUUAUCCAGCCCCAAGUGUCGUUAAAGUGGCCACUGGCCCGGAGGACAUUGAACCUGUUGACAUGUCCAUCAACAGUGGUGAUCACGAGGGAAGGCAUCUUUAUCAAAUGGGGCAUCAUCCGAGUCAUCAUCAUCAUCAUCAUCAUCAGCAGCAGCAGCAGCAACAUCAGGGGCAUCAUUCGCAGCAGCAUGGGAGGGUCAUGCAGAAAUCUGGAGGGUAUAGGGGUAAACUCGCUGUUCACUACCUCCAAGGUCGUCAAUACGCGCCCCCAGACUCCCCAAAAUACAUAACCGACCUGGACGUCUCCUACGGGGAAGCCUGCGCCGAGCGCCAAUCGGUCCACAAGCGCCUGAUAAAAGUGGGCGGAGGCAUGAUCCUGGAGCCAACGGAGCCAGUUGACCACUGGACAUCAUCCCCCAUCUGGUCGGACACCCUCCAGAGGGUCCCCGAUGUCGUCCACCAGGACCUCAGCCCCUACAUCACGACCCCGUCGACCCCCGUGGACACUCCAGACUCAGCUGAUCUCCACUCCGAAGUACCAGUCUUCAACUUCGACUGGAGCACCGAGCAACACGUGCCCAAUGCCAAAAUCAUGGUGAGGAGGGACCUGGAGCAGAGACCCGAGGAGAGGGACUCACAACCCAUUACUCUACAUCUACCCAGAAGGAAACAUCAGAAUGACGGGGAUAAAGAUUAUGAUAAAUGACUUGAGGAGUCCAGGGGUGUUUCUAGGUAGUUAAAUGUUUGUUUUUUUAGAGUAAUAGAUUUUUUUGUGGU